UAUCAACAUCAUGUGUGUAUAUAUACAUACAUCUUUGUAUCGCUUCUUGUUUGCUUCUCUCUUCUCAUUUUGAAACAAUGAUUCUUCGUAUCUAUUUAAUAGAAUUGAAACUUUCUGUUGUGAAGUUAGAAAGGAUAAAUGAGCUUUUAGAAUGUCGGAAAAAUAGCCUUUGUCUUGUCAACUCUUAUUUCGCCGCAGACUAUAUAGUUACUGAAUUAAAAAGCCCAUCACGUAUCUUAAGAAACACAAAAGAAGUAAUGUCAACAUGUCCUGUUGUUCAUGUUAAUUGGCUAAUAGACAGUUCAAUUUCAAAUGAUACUUUGCUUGAUCCCAAACCCUAUAUGAUUGAUGUUUCUGCCGCUCGAAAAGAACAAAUACCAAGAGCAUUAUCUCCAUUGCCUAGACAAGUUACUUGGGAACAGUUAUCUGAAGCUCGCCGAAUGAGGGCCAAUGAACCAAUGAAUCAUCACACAAAAUAUGAUGAACGUCGACUUUAUUAUCAACAUAAAGGCCGCAAAACAAAGUACAGAGAAAGACGUCGAUAUAGAAAGAUUUUUUUCAAAGUCAACAGUUAAAUCUUCAUAUCAAAAGAUAAAAGAAAAGCAGGUUGUCAAUAGUAAACAAAAAGACAACAACACAAAUCAACAAGAGAAACACAUUGUAAAAAGUACCUUGAGUGUAUCGUGUAGUUUUUCUUUGCCAACUAGUAAC